AUGCUGCAGUAUGAUCAUUUGGUGGUAAACGAGGUGUUAACUUUUAUUCAAUUCGAGCUUGAAAACACGCCCGAAAUAUUUGUAAAAAUGAAAUGCUUAGAAAAUUAUGACGAACAUGAAUUAUCAGAAGCAAGAACAUUGCUUUAUAGAAUGUUGAAUGUGGAGCCGGGGUUUACAAGUUAUUAUAACAAAGAAUCCAACUUGCAGGACAUAUUUGAUUUAUUGAGGAAAACUCCGAAACAUGAGCAACCUGUAUUCGUCGCCAGAAAUUGGCGCAAAAUGCCUCAUGCAUAUGAUAAUAUAUUAAUUUAUACUUUGCUGGGUCGCAUAGAGCAGCUUCAAGGGCUAUUAAGGUAUGUUCUUAGUUUAAGAAAGGCAGAGCGCGAUGCUGCGAAUGCUAGAAAACGACAAUAUGAACAAAACAAACGAUUUGGACACCAUCGUUUUCAGUUUCCUAUAAGGCAAAUAGAUCAAGCAACUGCACCGCACCCAGUGUCAGUAACGAUUUCUACGAGUGCUACGUUCUCCGGAACUUCUACUAGUGUUAAUACCUUGUCCAUUGUCUAUACAGAGACGUCAGCACUGCCAUGCUCUACGUCAUUUCAGUCUUUGUUAUAUUCAAGUGCUGAUUCUUCAUCCACACCGAAAAUGCCCAACAGUUCAAUAAUAGGGCAACCAUCAGAGAAGUCAGCUUUUUGUAAAGUUAUUGGGAGUUCUAGACGCCCCAAAACUUCUAUACUUCCAUCAACUACUGUCGUUACAAGCAUUGCAGCCACGACCCGGAAAACCACCAUGCCCAAAGACUCAGUAAUUACAAAUUUAGUGUCAUCUUUAAAGCCAGCAGCAAUGACCUCAGUAAUACCAAUGAUGACUUCCGAAUUAGCAAGACCAGUUACUAUUUCAACUGCAUCGCCUUCCAAACAAGCGACAACAUCAGUAUUUCCUAUCCUUAAGUCGUCAGGAUCAGUUUUGUCCCAAGUAGAACCUGAUUUAGCAAGAUGGUACGAAGGGGUUCCAAAGAUAGAAACGUCUCCCGUAUGGCUGGCUAAUAAGCUAUCGCCAACUAAUGCAGUUCCACAAAUUGGGGCAAAUUGUGCGCUGUCGACGUCUUAUCAAAUAGCAACGACAUCAAGGGUCCAGACCACCUUCAAAGCACCGAUCACGUCAGAAAUCCCAAUGAAGCCGUCUUCUGAAAGACCUAUGCAUCUGAUAAAUAGUGAAUACCGAGAGCAGAUAGCGAGAUCUCAGUUUCGUCCGAUCGAAACACCUAUGCAGCGGCACUUCAAGAAUCCACGUUAA